AUGUCUGACUGGGAUUCUCAUACAAUUAUUGGUCAAAAAGUUAGAACUGGUGGUGGUGGUCCAAGAGUACAAGUUGCCAGAACUGCCGGUCAAAUCAAUGCUGCCAAAAGACAAGGUUUGGUUCUAUCGGUAGAUAAGAAAUACGGUACAGCCAACUCCAAAGGUGACCCAGAAGGUCAAAGAUUGACCCGUGUGGAUCGUGAAACUGAUAUUGUUAAGCCAAAGAAAUUGGAUGCUAAUGUCGGUAAAACCAUUGCCCGUGUAAGAACCGAGAAGAAAAUGUCUCAAAAGGAACUGGCUACCAAGAUCAAUGAAAAACCAACCGUGAUUAACGAUUAUGAAUCUGCUAGAGCUAUUCCAAACCAACAAGUGUUGGCUAAAUUGGAAAGAGCCUUGGGUGUUAAACUAAGAGGUAAAAAUAUUGGUGAACCAUUAUUCAAGAAGAAAUAA